UCCGCGCCUGGGGAGGCCAUGAUGGAGGUCCGGUGGUACUGGACCCCGCAGGAGCUGCUCCCCAAGGUGGAGGACAGGGCCAAGUGCCUGCUGCGGGAGCUCUUUGAGAGCGACCGGGUCGACGAAAUCCCCGUGGAGUCCAUCAACGACCACAUCCAAGUCCUGGCGCCUUUCGCAGGGCGGGCAAAGAGGGACGGAGGCAAAGUCCCGGAGGGUGCG